UUCCUCGUAACAAAAAGACGGUCAUGUAAACAUGGCAGCCAAACACUGGCAAGAAAGAUUUGUCUCUCGGAUAGUCCACGUCUUCAUCACAAUAGGAGUCGUUUUAAUCUUACUUCUUAAAGACACAGAGUUACGGCGUUCGGUCUUCGAAGGACGAUGGUUCUACGUUUCUUCUUUCCUCGGAUUGGUCUUUGUUGGUUUUAUUUUCUAUUUUGUAGCAAGCUUCAUUGAUCCUGGUUACUUAGAAAUUAGAAACCAAAAUAGUAUUUUAGUUGCAUACGAGAAAGCUGAAGCAGAAAUAGAAAAUGAUAGCCAAUCAGACGAAGAUGCUGAAGAAUCCUGUAAAAUUCUUGCUAGUCCACCAUUUGGAAGUAGACUACGCAGAUGUGGAUACUGUUCAUUAAUGCAACCUUUAAGAGCAAAACAUUGUGAGGAUUGUGGGAAAUGUGUGCGUCGAUAUGACCAUCACUGCCCUUGGCUAGGCACCUGUGUUGGUGAAAGAAAUCAUAAGUUUUUUUGGUGUUUUCUCUUGACUCAAAUCAUUAUUAUUGGAUGGUCCUUGUAUAUCAUAUGGUUUGCAUUGGUCCAUGAAAAAUCAUGGUAUGACUGGGCUAUGACCAAUUCAUUAUAUAUUGUUGCCCUAAUCAUUCUAGUCCUUGGCGGCAUAGUUGUCUUUAUGCUCUUUUGCUGUCAUACCUAUCUAAUGGUUACGGCACAGACAACAUGGGAGUACAUGUCAAGAUCGAGGAUUUCAUACUUAAAGACAUUGAGUGAGGAUGACAAUCCAUUUGAUCAAGGGCUUAUCUGUAAUGUAUAUAAGUUUCUCUGCUCUUGCCGAGUACAGAAAUGGGAGAUCCUUUACGACAGAGAGAUAGAUGGGCAUAAGUUGACUGUCCAUGUGAUGUUGAAUACUUAGGUUUUUCAUUUUUAUAUAGACUUCAACAGAAUGCAUGUAAUAAUAUAGAAAUUAUCAGCAUAAUGAGAAAAUGCAUGCAUCUCUCACUGCAAUAUCCAAUAUUAUGCAAAUUCAGUAGUUCCUAGUUUCCCAUUGAGUUUGGUUUUUCACUGCUGCUAGUCAAAAAUCUUGACUGAUCAAGUGUUGUUCCAGAAAUUAUCCAUACCCCGACGGAGGAUUUUUCUUAAAAAUCUACCCUGGGAAUUCCAAUUUUCUUCCAUACAAAGCAAUUUUGUAAUUUUGUUCUUUCUCACUGACACCCCUACCCCUCGGAAAUUCAAAAUUCCUCUGUUUGUGUGUUGAGGGAGGGAGGUAUGAAUAAUUUCUGAAACUACACAAUUUUAGUUCAUGGAAGAGAAAACCCAAACUUCAGAGUCAAGCAUGUAGCUAUUGAGUUCGUGUAACAUUGAAAACUGCAAUAUAAAAAUAAUGAAUAUAAAAUAAACUUUAAGCUUUUUUUCAAGCCAAACAUCAGAAUUUUAUUAAAGCCUAAAACAGCUGUUAUUGAUGGAAUGAGUUCCAUCAUUACAUCUCAUAGGAAAAGAGAGCAAACUAUAUAUAUUGUAUUAUUGGUAGUCUUAUAUUGUAUUAUUGUCUACGAGUAUCUCAGUGUUAGACUAAUGUUGAUUUCACAAGUCGAAAGGUUAAGUCUUAUUUAAACUACCAACUAGCUAAUAUAAAACUAGUAUAUUGAAAAAGCGUUGUUGGCUCAAAAGGUUAAUUAAAUGGUCAAAGUCAAAGCUAAGAUCAAGGGGUACUUAGGGUAGACAAUUUCAUGAGCAUUUGAAUAGUGUUUGCAUACAGACACACACAUAAAGAGUGACCAAAUGUUUUGUUCCAUAACUUGAAUCAAUAUGUUCAAAUUCUGCAAAACUUCAAUAAAUAUUUACACAGAUCACUCUUCAUUCUAAGCUUCAAUGAUUGAACCUUUUCAACCCAACUACAUUUUAUACAAUUUUGGGUAGAUUACAUUGAUGUAAAUAUAACAUAGAGAAAUGAUACAUGUAUGUCAGACUCUGUAUAAGAAGAAGAUACAAACUUUUUAGAUCCUGAAUUCCAGUAGCACUUUAUCAGUGUAAAAGAAGAAUAUUGUAAUACAGUAUUAUGACAAAUUUAGGUCCGCAUAAUGUUGAAUGCCGGAGCUUAUGAUUCAAUAAAGAUAAUUUUCAUAUGAUAUGAAAGUUGAAUGUGAGCACCUUGGGUCUGGACUGUGAACUGCAACUUGAAAAAUACUUUAAUGAUAAUAAUAAUAAUAAUUAUUAUUUUAAUCAUAGUAAUGAUUGAGUGGUUUUUAUAAACUCUUGAAAUAAACACCAGCCUAAAACAAA